AUGUCUCUUUUGAAAGAUGAUCUCUUACCUUCCAAGGCAUAUAAUUGUCUCCCAUACAUACUUGAAAAUUCUCAUGUCCCAGAAGAUAACCAUGAAGAUAUCAUAGAUCUCCUAUCCCUCUUCACCGAACACAAAGUGCCACAGAACUUCAGUAUAAAACUCGUACACAAACAUUUCGAUACUGAAGCCGACCAGAUCGUGGUAUCAAGGGAUAUUGCAGUUCCAACCCAAGGUGCUAUCUCAAUCACGGGCCCAAUGACACCAAAAAAAACGCCGACUCUCCGCGGCCUUAGCUACUUUGUUAGCGGGGAUGGGACAUUCCAGCCCUUUAAAUACACGGUUGGCUCGUGUCCCAACCUGCGCCAACACGAUGACUUUUUGAAGGAAUUUUCCCGCGUUAUAGUGGAGCGUGGCUUGCAGAAAAAAACUAGGCUUGAUGAUCGCAGAUGUGAGCAAUCGCGGAAGUGGUCGGAAUUUGAAGUCCCUAAGAAGCGCGGUACAAUUAUGAUCCCUCAAGACGUCGGCGGUCUUGAGGGGUUUGAUUUCGGAACACAUGUGCCCACGGAGUGGAACCCUGUUGGCGACAAUAAACUUUGUAUCUGGUGCUAUGGUCAUACUAAUCCACCAGAGACAAAUGACUGGUUCUUGGCAGGGAAGAAAUUGGUGGUUGGAUCUCCACUUCAGCUUAUCGUCAGUACGGCUAUCAGCAAACUAUAA